UUUUUAUUAUCACAUAAUUAAUUGACAUAAAAAUGGAUAAGCUUAAGGAAAAAAUUAACAACUUGAAGUUGGAUGCUGAAAAAUGGCAAGAAAAAUCCGAUGACUUGGCUGAAAAGAUCAAGGAAUUGGAACAAGAAAACUUGGAAAAGGAUCACUCUAUUCAAUCUUUGACUAGAAAGAACCAAGUUUUGGAAGAACAAGUUGAAAAAUUGGAAACUUCUUUGGAUGAAAUUAAGCAAACUGCUGAUGAAUCUCACUCUUUGAAGACCACUAACGACAACUACACCAAGAAGAACCAAGUUUUGGAAGAAGAAUUGGAAGAAGCUGACAAGAACUUGAAGGAAACCACUGAAAAAUUGAGAGAAACUGAUAUUAAGGCUGAACAAUUAGAAAGAAAGGUUGCUUCCUUAGAAUCUGAAAAGGAAGAAUGGGAAAAGAAGUUCGAAGAGUUGACUGAACAAUACAACUCUGCCAAGUCUGAAUUAGAUGAAAUUUCUCAACAAUUGGAAGCUAUCUAAAUAUGAUCGAUUCUGCGAAUUUAUCUAAGAUGUCCAAUUUUUUAUCUGGCACAUAUUAAUACCAAUGGUUUAUUACUAAGAAC